CUGUUUUCUAGACCUGGAGAAAUGCAAAGUCCUCUCUCUUUAAGACAAAUGAGCAUUCCAAAAGGUUUGGGAUAUCUGACCAUUAUGGCACCAAGAAACUUCUUGUGUAUGAGAGGUAACUUUCUCUUUGGUUCAAGAGGUUGGAUGAUCCGGUUUCCUGCAAAAAUCCUCUUUAAAUUAGUUUCGUUUAGGCUUUACAGCGUGAAGUGUGGUAAUACAGACAGUGAGUCUUCAGAGAAUGAAGAACUACUGAAUAACCUACUUAAAAUGGGAGUAGAUGUUGACAUGGCGAAAAAAAGACAGCCUGGAGUUUUUAAUAGGAUGGGAACUAAAGAGCAAGACCUGAAGAUGUUCCUUCUAUCCAAAGGAGCUAGCAAAGAAGUGAUUGCUAGCAUUAUAUCAAGAUACCCACGAGCCAUUACACGCACACCUGAAAGUCUUUCAGAACGGUGGGAUCUGUGGAGAAGAAUUAUGACAUCAGACCUUGAAAUUAUAAACAUCUUGGAACGUUCUCCUGAAUCUUUUUUUCGGUCCAGAAACAACCUAAACUUAGAAAAUAAUAUCAAGUUCCUCUACUCAGUUGGAUUGACCCAUAAAUGCCUUUGUCGAUUGUUGACCAAUGCCCCACGUACCUUCUCCAAUAGUCUAGAUCUGAAUAAACAGAUGAUUGAACUUUUGCAAGAAGUCUGUUUGUCACUGGGUCACAAUGAGCCCAGAGAUUUUGUUGGGAAGAUAAUUUUUAAAAACCCUUUCAUUUUAAUUCAGAGUACCAAACGGGUGAAAACUAACAUUGAGUUUUUACAGUCAACUUUCAACUUGAACAAUGAGCAGCUGCUCAUUCUGCUGUGUGGUCCAGGAGCUAAAAUUCUAGACCUUUCCAAUGACUAUGUCAGCAGAAACUACACAAAUAUCAAGGAGAAGCUGUUUUCUCUUGGGUGUACUGAAGAAGAGGUGCACAGGUUUAUCUUAAGCUAUCCAGAUGUGGUCUUCUUGGGAGAGAAAAAGUUUAAUGAUAAAAUAGACUGCCUCAUAGAAGAAAAAAUUAGCGUAUCACAAAUAAUUGAAAAUCCUCGGAUUUUGGAUUCAAGCAUAAGUACUUUAAAAAGUCGAAUCAAAGAAUUGGUAAAUGCUGGCUAUAAUUUCAGUACAUCAAACAUCACUCUUUUAUCUUGGAGUCAAAAAAGAUAUAAAGCUAAAUUGAAAAAGUUAAACACUGAACAGAACAUUGUUCUGGGGAAUUAA